AUGCAUUGGCACCUAAAGCCAAAUCCGGAUUCUUCUAACUCACUUUCCAGGAAAGGACUAACUCAGGAACAAACGAGACACGAGCCUAACUCUGAUCUUUUAUUAAAGGAUCCAGGAGAGAUUGAUAGUGUCGAAGAUGAUGACGACCGCUUCGACAUCUAUUUGACGGAUCCCCUAUUUAGCGUCAGUCAGACCAAUCGGAACUAUAAGGAGGCAAGUGAUUUUGUCGUCUACAUGAAGCAUCGCCGGGCGAAAAUGCUCUCUGUAAAUCCAACAACCACUUGA